GGUCUGAGCAACCUGAACGGGCUAACUGCCUAGCUGGCUAUGUACCAUUUAGUCAAGUUUCUGUCAGCUAGCAGCCUCUCCAUUGUCGGUACUUUGUCCUGUCUGUCUGGAAAAUGAUUUGUUUUGUAACAGUCGAUGCUUUUUUGAAGUUAGCUCCAAAGAGAAAGAAAAACGCGGCCAGUCUCACGUUGAAGCUACACCUGCUGUUUGUCAUGUGCGGUGUAGGGCAGGCUGGUCCAGACAGCUGCAUUCCAGACAGUGUAGAUUGGGUAAUAAAUCUGCAGUCAGACACUGGACCAGUGUGGAGUACAAGCCUAGGAUGACGUGGAUGUGAAGUGGAUGACGACUGACGGUCCAUCAGCAGGCCCUGAACUGGUUGGUCUCAGAGCAGAGAGGAGACCUUGUUGAGGGUGAAUGUGAGGGAGCUUUGGAGAGCUGCGGCCUGAAGGCAUUUCGACUCCAGAGAUGUCGGUCAAACAAGCAGACGGGAUGUCAAUCGCCCAGGCUUUGGCCAUGACAGUGGCAGAGAUCCCAGUGUUUCUCUAUUCCACAUUUGGGCAGUCCAUAUUUUCUCAGCUGAAGCUUACUCCAAGCUUGAAAAAAGUGCUGUUUGCCACAGCACUGGGCAGUGUAGCUCUGGCUCUCACCGCUCAUCAGCUGAAAAGGCGGGGAAGAAAAAAGAAACAGGCUACACAAGGGAAGGAGGGCCAGAAGACUGUGGGAAUACCGGAAGCGCUGUUGAAGACGGGAAGACCCUCGUCAUUAAAGCGAGGUCCGUUUAGUGGCCGACAGAUGAUGAGUCCCAGCACCCGGAGCAAUGACACCAUGAGUGGAAUUUCUUCCCUGGCCCCCAGUAAACACUCAAGUUCCUCACACAGCCUGGCAUCUAUGCGUGUCCCAAGCUCUCCAAAUCAGUCGGCCAAUCCAUCCACGCCCUGGGAAGCAGAGCCUGUGGUGGAAGAAUCAGGGGCAGUAGAGGAUGCAAAUGCAGAGAAUCUCUAUUUAAUGGGGAUGGAGCUGUUCGAGGAAGCUCUGCAGAAGUGGGAACAGGCCCUGAAUAUCCGUCAUCACACCCACUCAACUUCCAGCAACAACAGCCUCGCUCUGCAGGGGGCAACGUGUGGAGACUUUCCUUUGGUUGAAACCCACAAUAAAGCAUUUGCUGAGAAACUGGAGACCCUACUGCACAGGGCAUACCACCUACAAGAGGACUUUGGCAGCAGUAUCCCAACAGACAGUGUUCUGGCAGACUUUGAGAGUGAAGGAACUCUUAUCUUGCCUCAAGUGGAGAGUUUCCAUAGACUCCAAGAUGAUGAUGCAACUACUGUUACCUCUGAUGAAUCCUUCUUCUCGGCUGCAGAGCUGUUCGAUGCCAUGUCUCUAGAAGAGGUCUACCAGCCGCUUAAGCCAGCAGCUCUUUAUGAAGAGGCCUUGUCUCUAGUUCGGGAAAGCAAAGUGGCCUAUAGGUCCCUGAGGACUGAAUUACUUGAAUGUUUUGGUGACCAAGACUUCCUUGCCAAGCUCCAUUGUGUGAGACAAGCGUUCCAGAUCCUGUUGUUAGAUGAAACUCACCGCACAUUUUUCAUGGAGACCGGGAAGCAAAUGAUUACAGGGUUAAUGGUGAAGGCAAACAAGAGUCCCAAAGCCUUCCUGGAGAGCUAUGAGGACAUGCUGCUCUACACUCAGAGAGAGGAAACAUGGCCCAUCACCAAGAUGGAGCUGGAGGGCCGAGGGGUGGUGUGUAUGAACUUUUUCGACAUAGUGUUGGACUUCAUCCUCAUGGACGCAUUUGAAGACCUAGAGAGCCCUCCCUCGUCAGUGGUAGCUGUGUUGAGGAACCGCUGGCUCUCUGACAGCUUUAAAGAGACGGCUCUGGCGACUGCCUGCUGGUCUGUCCUUAAAGCAAAAAGGCGCCUUCUUAUGGUCCCCGAUGGUUUUAUCUCCCACUUCUAUGCCAUAUCCGAACACGUGAGCCCAGUUUUAGCUUUUGGGUUUUUGGGGCCGAGGCAGCACCUAAGUGAGGUGUGCACUAUCUUCAAGCAACAAAUCGUGCAGUACCUUAAGGAUAUGUUUGAUCAUGACAAGGUCCGCUUCACCUCUGGUCAGAGCUUGGCUGAGGACAUCCUGAACCUUUCCCACCGCCGGAGUGAGAUUUUAUUGGGCUAUCUAGGAAUCGAUAGCCUCAUGGAGCUCAAUGGUGCCCUCCCCAGAGACACAGACGGCUCUUCCGGGCCAAACUAAGACGACUAGGGCUUUCAUUGGGCUUGUACAGGCCGAACGCAGUGGGCUGAGAGCGGCAAGGACUCGCUGCUCAUCACUUAAUCUGUAUCUCCAUUAGGACUGGAUUGAAUCAUGCUCCUGUGAUGCACUGAGAACCAGCAUUAUUGGUGUAUUCAUCUGUGUUCAUCAAACACAACCACUAAGAGGAUAUAUUUUCAGCGGAUCUACAGUAUCACCUGUCCUUGUGCUAGUCAGAGAGAGCGGUUGGAUGAUAUUAUCACCUGCUGCGUAUCAAGAAUGCCUAAUGUUGUCAUGCAAUCUCAGAUGGAUUUGUCUCUACCUUGUUGGGUGACAUGGAUACUUCUUAAAAAAAAAACACACCAGACAAACACAUGAAGACUGGGCCUUCUUUACAAGUACUCCACAUGGAUCACAUCUCUUUGGAGAACGAGUGGUUGCAUCGUCACCUUUCAUUCAUUUGGGUUGUGGAGUCUGGUGGGAUACCGUAAUGAUUAUUAUUAUGUGAAAAGAAAUGGUGCGAGAGUCUGUCGAUACUGUGCAUUUGUAUGUUUUAUACUAAGGGGGGGGGGGCAUUUGUUAAAACCGUGAUAAUUCCUGACUGGCUCGGCAACUGAAGACUUGAAGGACGUGAUGGAUUUGUGUCCUCGCUGAUUGUUCUUAAAUCAUCUUUAAUCUUAAGAAGUAUUUAUUCCAGUUUGGUUUAAUCGAGCAGGCAGGUAUCCAAGAGAGUUGGUUAAAUGCAAAAUGACAUCAUGUAAAGUUAGUGUAGGGUGCUAGCAUGUUAAUCAUAUACAACUUGAAUUAUCCCAGAGCUAUAUUUGGACCCCAGACCAGUUUCUCCUCAUGUCGUCUUCUCAGUCAAAGUGAGCAUAAAAUAACGCAGUACCAGGUGUGAAAACAUCUGUCUGAAUACCAUCACACUGAGGAUGAGUGCCAGUGCUCUCAGGGAGUGAAAAGUUCGCUAUAACUUGAAAUCAAUAUUAGAGAACAUGUUACUUGCUAAUAAAUAAUGCGUAUUAUUUAUUCAUUGGUUGAGCCACUUGAAUUGCUUCCAAAUAUUUAGGCUUAAAUUGUACAACUUGCUAAGAGUUAAUUCACAGAAUAAAAAAUACAAAUGAAAUGGUGACUUUUUUUUUUCAGGAAAUGUAUCCAAACACACGUUAUAUAAAGAUAUAAAUCAGUGUUUUCAAUGUAAAAUUUGGAACAAUGAUACUUCCUGAAUAUGGUUCAUAAUAAUCUUAAAGGUUACUGGCUGUAAAUGAGUGUAGGUUAAGUGGAUUUGAGAGAAAUCUGUUGUUUUCACGCAAUAGAUUUUAUUUCUCUAGCCAGAAUUUGUGUUACAGGAGGCUGAAACUGAAGCAGCUGAAUGGAAUUCAGACAUCGUUGAUUUUAUUUUUUGAGACCUGUGCUUUCCUUACUGUGGCCCAUCAAAAUGUCCACUGGUGUCUUCAUGACUGCAACAAAGUCCAUCUGACAUCUAUGUGGAAGAACUCUCAGUCUGAGUGUUAUAAUUAGAAACACAUGGAUAUUUUCCUUCACUUUACACCCUACUGCGUGCUGCUCGCUUCGUCCCGGAACAUUUUCACACUGACACGACCUCUAGAUGAAACAGUGCCAUCUACUAGUCUUAGCAAGGAUAUUCAUGUUUUUUUUUUCUGGUUUCAUGAAGACCUGAAAUGAAGAACCAGGCAUUGUACAGUGAGACUGUAACCUUCAUAACAAGUGCAUUGAUGAAAACCCCUGAGAUCUCUUUGUUUUCCCAAUACUGUGCAAAACUGAGACGUGGAAGGGGAACACAGAUGCUGAGUUAAACUGAGAUUUCUCCUCUGAUCGAAUGACGGACAACUCCACUACUGUUAAAGCAGAUUUGUGUUACAAAGACUGUGGUUUUUGUUUGUUUAAGAACCUGUCAAAUACUAAAUUAUCUGAAUGAAUUUUGAUGACAUGAUUAUUUAUUGUUAACAGCAGAUGAAGCACAGAAUGUAUGCGUAUGGUUGUCUGUGUGAUCGAGAAAAGGGACAUUUCUGUCAAAUCAUUUAAGGUUUCAUAGAUCUUUGGGGAUUUCGACUGUCAAUCAUACACAUUAAGUCAGCUUUUUGUCAUUCCUAAUCAUAUAAGUGUGUGUUUUGUGGUCUUGAUAAUCCAAAUCCUGCUCUUGUUGCAACACGCCUCUGAGAUUCAGAGCUCAGAAAUGUUGUUUGUCGCAGUGUUGCAAUACAAUAACAUUGUGUUCUCCUUAAACCGUACUGUCAAGAGUCUUUAGCAUUGUAGGAUUAUUUCUGUUUCUGAACCGUGACUGUAAAUAGAGCUUUCACAGACAAUUUGGGUCUUUGUUUUGACCGAUGUGCAGCUUUGUGUUUUGAAGCAUUUUGCACUUUAUCAGAAAAGCAGAAAGAUCCAGGAAUGUCCUACAGCCCUUUCUGAAGAAUCAGUUUAAGACUGUAGAAACAUAUUGAAUUAUUUAUUGCAUCAUAGAACUGACAUAUUAUAGAUAGAGCUUAAAUGCUGCUGUACAGUAGAGAAACUAUCUUUCCCAGAAAACUAUAUUAUGGAAAUAUAUUCUGGUAACUGUCCAAAGUUUUUGUUUUAGUCUCCAUCUUUGAAAUGUAGAAAUUCUCCAGUUUUCACUAUUGACCGUGUGUGGUCCAAUCCCUGUUGCGCUGCUUUAAAAGAAAUGUUCUCCCAUGUUUUAGUCUAUUUGUAGAGUCUCGAGUAUAUUUGCAGUACGCACCAUGCAGAUAAAUGCAAUUAUGGAAAACUGCAGAUGUUUAGUCUUGUGUUCACGUGUGGGCCUGCUUCUGCUGUGUGCUGAGAGUAGACGAUCCGAGACGAAUUCCUCCGACAGCCUUUGCAUGUUAGCAGUGAAGAAUCUGUGAAAUGCAUCAGUCAGUGUAUCCCUGCAACAUUUAGACCCAGGCGCAGCUCCUGUUGUUGUUAGUUUUGAAAAUCCCAGUUAGAGCUAAGCUUAAGAAAAUGUUUAGGAACUUUGAAUCAUUUGAAAGUGAAAAUUCAGGCAUGGACUCUCCUACUUAGCGUCUAUGCAGAAGAUUAUUUCAGAUGGCCAAAAUGUGGAAAGAAUCAUUAUUAUAAUUUUUUUUUUUUUGCAAGUCACUGCUGUACAAGUGUCCUAUUCAUGCCUUUUUGUCUUUUCUAUUGUUAAAUUACAACGCCAGCACAAACUGUAAAUUGAUUUUGAUUCUCCAUAUUAAAUGUUAUUUUUUGUUAUUAAACAGUAUGUUUAUUACGGGUUUU